AUCAUGACAUAGGUUUAGUUGCUUCUGUGAUGUACUACUAGUAUGUAAUAUAAAAAACAUUCAAAGAACAGCUGCUUCGCAUGCUGAAUGAUAAACUGAAUUGAACUUACCGAAGGAUUGCAGUUAGCAGCUGCGAUUAAAAUUGGUUGGUUUGGGAUCUAAUCAUGGUGGGGGGUGGAGUCUGGAGGGAAUGCAGCAAGUCAGGUGACCAAGUGCUCUACACAAAGCAGCUUCUUUGGAGGUGAACUCUCGCCGGCAGACAAGCUGGGGUUCACCAAGACGGUCAUCCAGGCAAAGCCAGACUCUGUUUACUCUGCAGUAAGCAAGUCCAGGCAAAGCCAGACUCUGUUUACUCUGCAGCAAGCAGGCGUUCUCGCCUUCUGCAUGCAUAGUUGGUUUGUUCGGAGAUCAAUCUCAGGUCUGAAUUUCAGGAAAAUAAUUUCCCUGUAAGAUGGAGUGGGUUCCCAUUGAUCCUUAGGUCUUUGCAAAAUUCUCAUUUUGCAUGAUGCAAUCAGGGGUGGUGGGAAUGUUGAUGUGAAGCGCCUGUCGAAGGCCGGCGCCGCCUCGGCUUGGCCGAAAGUUGACUGAUUCCUACCCAAGCCUUUUGAAGAACAGGAUUUGUUCAUCUACCAGAUUAAAGUAGGCCCACUGCCUCCACUAUACUCCAGGACAGUAGACAUCAGCAUCCACAAGCACAGCUUGCCCACUACUAGUACUUAUUAGCUGCAAGAUCAGAAGCGACAUAGAGAGCAAGCUGAACGAAGAGGCUGCCAUGAGCUACUGGGGUUCCUCGCCGGCGUGGGGGGCGGCCCGCCACGGGCCGUCUCCGAUGGUGCCCCUCAUGGUGGUGCUGGCCCUGGGGUGGGUCAUCUACAACGAGGCCCUGCUGGAGUGUUACGAGCGGGUGACCGAGGCGCGGGACACCGUGGCCGACAAUGCCAUGGUCUUCAUCCUCGCCGCCGGGCUCCUGCUGCUCGCCGUCCUCCUCCUCAGCAACCAGAUGGAGGUGGUCCUGGUGCCGGCGGUGCUGGUGCUGGUCAUGCUCUUGAUCCAGAACAUCGUCGUCGCGGCGCUCCUGCUGCUGCUGGCGGUGUACCUGGCCGGGAUAUACUACUACCCGCCUCACCGGGGCUACGGCGGCGGCUUCGCCGGAGCCGGGGGUGACUGGACGGGCUGGGGCUGCGGGCUGGGGUUCUACAUGCUGCUGCUGCUCUGCCUGGUGCUGUGCGCCAUGUUUUCGGAGGAGGGCGGCAGCUGGUGGAUCCCGGGCGUGCUGCUGGUUGCAUGCCUGCUCUGCCUCAACCUCUUCUCAGGUGGCAAAGUCUUAGGCCAGGAGUACUUUUGACUCUUGUGUUCUUCGGGACAGAGCUUAGUUAUUGCUGUCUCGUGGUAUUACCGGAUGGUGAUGUAGCCGCUCAUGGCGCAUAAAUUUUGUGUUUUGACCCUUUUGUGAAACAAAAUCAAGAUCUGACCCCGGUUUGAAAGA